AAAUCACCCCAUUGUGGGAGGGGCAGAGAUACAAGCUACUGCAGGGAAAUCUCCCCAUUGUGGGAGGAGCAGAGACACAAACUACUGGGGGGAAAUAUCCCCAUUGUGGGAGGGGCAGAGACACAAACUACAGAGGGGAAUCUCCCCAUUGUGGGAGGGGCAGAGACACAAACUACUGGGGGGAAAUCUCCCUACUGUGGGAGGGGCAUGGAGACCAACUAUGGAGGGGGAUCUCACCAUUGUGGGCGGGGCAGACAAUCUACUAGGGGGAAAUUUCCCCAUUGUGGGAGGGGCAGAGACACAAACUACUGGGGGAAAAUCUCAUUGUGGGAGGGGCAGAGACACAAACUACUGGGGAAAUCUCAUUGUGGGAGGGGCAGAGACACAAACUACUGGGGUAAAUCUCAUUGUGGGAGGGGCAGAGACACAACUGGGGGAAAUCUCACCAUUGUGGGCGGGGCAGACAAUCUACUGGGGGAAAUCUCAUUGUGGGAGGGGCAGAGACACAAACUACUGGGGGAAAUCUCAUUGUGGGAGGGGCAGAGACACAAACUAUUGCGGGGA